GUCGGCUCUGGCCAAUGGACGAUCUUUGGCUCGGCGAGCGAGCGCCACACGACGACGGAAAAAGCCGCUCGACCCAGUCCAGCCCAGCCCGGCUUUCUUCCGCGUUGACCAUUUCGCAGGAGAAGCGCCGCAAGAUCGGGUCGUCGAUGGGGCUCCUCGAGGAAGUCAAGGCCGUGCUGGAAUCGGGCAAGCAGCGGGCGCACGCCAAGGACUACCAUGGAUUUCGAUCGGAGAGCGAGCUCGAGCUGAUCCGGAAGGCCAUGCUCGACUGGUACGAUGCCAACCAGAGAGCUCUGCCUUGGCGGACGCCAUCGAGUAUCCAGCACCCAAAGUCCGAUGAAGAACUCGCUCAGCGUGCAUACGAAGUCUGGAUCAGCGAAAUAAUGCUGCAGCAGACCCAGGUCAGCACAGUUAUUCCAUACUAUGAGAAGUGGCUGUCUAAAUGGCCCACCGUCUUUGAUCUCGCCAAGGCGGCACUGGAGGAUGUCCACGGCGUCUGGGCGGGGCUGGGGUACUAUUCUCGAGCCCAGCGGCUGCAUGAAGGAGCCAAGAAGGUCGCGGACGAACUGGCCGGCAAACUUCCCGAGACUGCGACUGAAUUGGAGAAGCUGAUUCCAGGCAUCGGGCCCUAUACUGCCGGGGCCAUAUCGUCGAUCGCAUACAAUCAACCAGCUGCUCUCGUCGACGGCAACGUUGUCCGAGUCCUGUCGAGGCUUCGAGCAAUCGGAGGCGAUCCCAAAGCCAAGGCUGCGAGUGCUCUGCACUGGGACCUCGCCCGCAAGCUCCUAGAUCCGGGUCGACCGGGCCACUUCAACCAAGCGCUGAUGGAUCUAGGUGCCACUGUCUGCACUCCAAAGAACCCGGCAUGCGGCAGCUGUCCAGUGAAGGAGUAUUGCCUUGCUUUGGCAGAGCAAAAGGCAGCCAAGAGCCUUGCAGGUGCAAAGUUUAUCAAGGGUGGCCGCAAGGGCAAGAGUACGGACCAAAACAUCUCGGAUCCGUGCGAUCUCUGCUUGCCCGUGGAAAUCGAGGAGUGCAACGUUAUGCUGUAUCCCAACAAGCCGAAGCGUGCUGAGAAGCGAGUCGAGGAGUGCUGGGUAUCGAUUGUCGAGUGCGCCAAGGGAACAUCCGUGGCACCCAAGUAUCUGCUCGUUCAGCGACCACCAACGGGCCUCUUGGCGAAUCUGUGGGAUUAUCCGACGAUCCAGCUCGAUGUACCCCGGCCAGAUGACAAAUCGUGCCGCCGACUGAUGGACGAGUACCUCCACGAUCGGCUCCGGAACAACUUUCGGGUGGUCUCGCGGACGAUGUGUGGCGAGACCGAGCACAUCUUCUCGCACAUUCGGCGGACGAUGGUUGUGGAGCAUCUUGUCGUCGAGCUGGAGCCACAAAGCACCCACGAGGCCAGCGACGAUGCCGGUGGGAGGACGGAGAACCCCGACUCUGGGACACAGUCGCCCACCACCGCAUCCGAUGACAAGGCCUGGAGUGCCCCGUGUGUCUGGGCCACAGAAGACGAGAUCAAGGAGCAGAUCUAUCCCUCGCCCGCGACUCUGAAGAAGGCCUGGCAGAUGCUGCAGCGUCCGGCCAAGGGGAGCCGGCGGACCUCUGCCAGGACUGGCGAGGACAGCGGCUCCAAACUGAAGCAACCGACGCUGAUGGCGCUGCUGAAGCGCAAGCGCAAGACCGGCGACGAGGAUGGCGACAGCGAUGACGAAUACACACCAUAAAUUCGACAGCCCUCGCUCGGAAGAUAUCUCGC